UGGCUGUGGUGCUGAGGGCUAUUUUACAGUACCAAGGGUAAUGAACAGCGGGAUCACACAGUUAGAGAUUAAAGACAUGCAAUAGGAGGCAUUUAGUGAUGAAAACAAAAAAUCUGACUGGUCUUUCUCAACACACUGAGGACCAUACUGAACUUCACAAACUCUCUUAUCCAUAGGAAAUAUUUCUACCACUGCUGUUAUAAUCCAUAUCAAUUGCAGAGUAGGUCCCUAAUUCUCUGCGAGAGGCUGGCAAAGUGAAGUCCUGGCAGUGAUGAAGAAAGUGGCAAAAUUUCUACUUAUUCUCACAAAAUCAGUGUUUCACUGACCCUCUGAACUAUACCACACAUCUCCCAGCCUGCCUCUACCACCACCUAGGAAUCAUUUCAUGUGAAAAAUUGUGGCACAGGCAGACACAUAUACUGGAAUUGUAUUAUAUGGCCCAGAAAGGCCCAGAGUCUUGUGUUCACACUUGUGAACCAAGGGAGGAAAUGCAGAUUCCUCUCCAAGCUCCUUAGUAUGCUUGAAGUCCAUAUGCUCCUCAGCUUAAAGAUGUGUCCUAACGCUUCAUCAAUGGAAUUUCCCAGCAUUAUCUCUCUGUUCAUGUAUCAAUAUGUGUCCAGACAAUUUCUUUGGGCCACACAGCUGUUUUGUUACGAAGCAAGAAGCUGAUAAGGCCAGCAGGAGAGGAGGGCAGUGUGCUGACCCUGACCAGAAUAGCCAUUGCUCCUUGGGGAGAUAAGUGUCUCCCGCUCCAUGGGAGGGCCUCUGGAGUGACCAAUGAGUGUGGACAGGCACCAAGGUCCGCUCUCCCCUUCCCCUUUAUAACCAGGGUGGGGAGGUGGGGAGUCCAAACCUGCUCUGAGCGGUCACUCAAGGGACAGAGCAACCACCUCCUGCACAAUGACGCUGACCCAAGCCGAGAAAGCCGCUGUGGUCUCCAUCUGGGCCAAGGUGGCCACCCAAGCCGAUGCCAUCGGGGCAGAAUCACUGGAGAGGCUUUUCUCCAGCUACCCCCAGACGAAAACCUACUUCCCUCACUUCGAUCUCAGCCAAGGCUCGGCUCAGCUUCGUGGCCACGGCUCCAAGGUCAUGAAUGCCAUCGGGGAAGCCGUGAAGCACGUUGAUGACAUUCGAGGAGCUCUGGCCAAGCUCAGCGAGCUGCACGCUUACAUCCUCCGCGUGGACCCUGUGAACUUCAAGCUGCUUUCCCACUGUAUCCUGUGCUCCGUGGCUGCCCGCUAUCCCAGUGACUUCACCCCAGAAGUUCAUGCUGCAUGGGACAAGUUCCUGUCCAGUGUUUCCUCUGUCCUGACUGAGAAAUACAGAUAAAUGGCCUCCACAGAGGGUGAGGGAGGCACAUCCCAGGCUCUGGGGAAUCACCCCUUCCGAGGCAGCCCUCUCAAAUCCC